AUGAAGCCCAGGAAGGUGGUGUUGGUCACGGCCAGAAGCAAGGCAAAGCUCGCCAUUGUGAAGGACAUUGAUGACAACAUCUUGGAUCGUUCCUACAGGCAUACUCGGGUGGCCAGCAUUGACCACUAUCCCUACAAAGUGACAGCUGUCAUGGGUGAGGAGAUAGCCAAACAAUUCAAGACCAAGUUGUUUGUGAAGGUGUAUAACGACAACUACCACCUGUCCCCCAGGUACUCUGUGGAUAUUCCCUUGGAUGAAACUGUGGUCCACAAGGAUGUCUUCAGAGACUCUGCUCUGAAACACAAGGCCUACUGA